UCUCUGUAAAUUUAGUCCUACAUGUGUAGCUUGUAGUUCCAAAGAAGUUUGUAACCACUGAGUUUGAGGGAAGGUUUUUAGAAAUUAUAUUUUCCUUCAGCUUUCUCUAGAUUCUUCCUUUAAAAUAUUUUUGUGACAGAAUUAUUCACAUUUAUCCCUUGUCUCUGAGGUUGCAACCUGGAAUUGUUCUGAUUGUUAAGAAGCAUAAUUUAAGUCACUCAGUAAUGAAUCUCAGAAUGAAAACAGAUUUUUUGAAUUCACACAAUGGUUGUAUGUACGCUGCAUGCCCCAGUGGAGUUGUUCUGUAUCCUAAAAACAGAAAUACCACUUUGUCUUCCAGGUUUUACCUUGAGCAGUUGCAUAGAUGUUAGUGUGGGUGGAACUCAGAUCAUUAAGGUUAUCACAGAGGUGCCUUAUUUUUGUCCUGGGGUUAUGACUCUGGUUUGGUAAAUUGGCUGAAGCAGGAUCUUACUCUCUUGCAAACUUGAGUAUUUAACAUGAAAAACCACUCUUUUUUCAUAAGAAUGAGACGCAAUAGGAAACUACUAGUCAAUAUUUUUCCUGUGUUGCAGACAAUAAAGAAAAUGUCUUCCAGUUUCCAUGUAGGACCUUUUUUCACAAAGGGCAAGAAUGUACAUGAGUCAUUUUCAGUUGUGGAUUCUUUUUCCUUUUCCCAGUGAAUUUUCCUAUUAUACUAAGAUUAUACAAAGAUCUUGGAGUCUUAAUGCAAAAUUUCUAUUAAGAUAUUCUGGAUCUGUUUUUUGGGGGUUUAUUUGUUUUGUUUUGUUGUGGUUUUGGGUUUUUAAAAUUUUAGGGGAUAGUUACGUAUGCCAACAAACUGUGUAUCUUAUGCUAUAAUCAUGCUUUGUCUUAGAAAACACUUUUGUGGUACAAACAGAAAACCACCCUGUUUUGCUCAGACUUUGUUUGAAGGAAGUUUACUGCUUCUUAAGUACUCCAAAGCUGCAAAACCGAAUUCAAAAUGUUAUGCAAAUUCCAUAUAUUUUUAUAGCUAUACAAAAAGGAGUGCAAAAAGGUACCUUUUUAAUUUGGUAACAUUUUACAACCACUUUACAGGGCAACACAGAAAAAGUUACAAAAAGCCACUCAGAAUUGUGCAGUUCAGCUGCUGCAUCCAUGAGAAAGCAACUCCUGUUUUGACAAAUGAGACUUGACCACAGUCAGCAUGCGGUCAAGAAAUAGUAAUAAAACACUUCCUUAACUGGUUAUUUCUGCAAUUUUUUGUGUCCCCUUGCUGAGAUGUGACAGAGCAUUUGGGGUCAGGUGCCCAGCUAUCAGUGGAGAUGGAGUGAAGCAUCUUUCUUUGAGCCUUUGCUGCCACGGGCUCAGCCAUGACUCAGCCAGGGGAAGUUAAGUGAUUAUACUUAACUUUCUCUACUAUGGUAAAAUAAGUUGCAGCGAGAACACACUGAAAGCCAAGGACCUCUAAAUACUUUUCCCUUUUAUGGAAUAGAGCUCCCAGAUCUCCAUUUCCUGGAGAUUGUACUCUAAGCCUACACAGUGGUAAAAGAAAGUUCUCUGCAUUCACUGAUCUGUAUCUGACUACAAAUUUGAGCUCAGGGUCUAAUUUUUUUCUUAACUAUUUUAAGCAGUAAGUUUAUAAUAAGAGACCAAAAUGUUGAAAAGCACUCCAUUCUCUCUUUUAUUUAUUUUUUUUUUCUUUAGAUUGUCUCCUCUUAGUGUGGGAAUGAGCAGAAUUUGGUGAACUGGAUAAGUCAUUUGUUUGUGUUUAACUCAUUUUGUAGGUGCAUAAGGCUUGUGCAUACAGAGAUUGUAGAUCUUCACCCACAUCCACUCUGCCUGUGACAUGUACCGCCGGGGAGUGCAGUGAUGUGUUCAUGAGGACACUGAUGUACUGAUGAGAACAGCUCCCUGAUUCCUGGGCAGGUGUCACACCUGCAGAUCACGAGGCCUCCCAGAGCUUAUGCCUUCAGGCUAACUUGAAACAGAUACUGCCAGCAGUGCAUGGUCCUCUUAGUCAACAUUGCAGCUCCACGUGCUUCACGCUGCCCACCAUGCCAACCUUACCUGAAGACAAGGGACAAGCAAAAGAGGCCCAGCACAGCAGCUCUCCUCCAGCCAAAGACACAACUGUUGAAGGGACAACAUGCAGCACACCUUCUGUUGUUCUUCCAGAGAAUGCUGUCAUGCCAGAUGCAGAAACUGAUAAAAAUCUGGUUAACAGGCCUCGGAGUCCUCACAGGAGACAUUCUAACCGUGCCACCAGGAAUUCCACAAGUUCACUGACUUCUGUCGACAAUAGUGGUCAUGUGAUUGAUCUGGUGAAUGAUCCACUACCAGAUGUCAAAAUAUCAGAGGAAGACAAAAAGAAGAACCUUGAAUUGUUAGAAGAAGCAAAGAAAGUGAGUGAGAGGUUCCUAACACGCAGAGGCAGAAAGUCAAGAAGCAGCCUCUCAGAGUCACCCACAGCAGUUUCCCCUACUCUUAGUCCUAAAGUUUCACCCAUAGCAUCUUGGAGCAACUCUCUCAUGCUUCCACUUCCAUCAGGGUUGGAUGCAUGCACAACCACUAGUAUUGAGUCAGUAUCUCCAGGGCAGAAUAACACAAUUGUGAAAGAGGAAGACAGGCAAACUGCAGAGAAUGCUGCAAAAGGGUUAAUUGAUCGAAGGCAGAAUGAUCAAAGAAAGAUUUCUCAGGGAAGGUUGGUUCCUCGUUCUGCUGGCUUUGAAAACUCCAAAGAGAAGCUCUCAGACCAAAAGGAAAACUUUGAUCCACGUAAUCAUAUGGAUACUUUACCUAAAUUCUCCCCUUCAGCUGGUGAUGGUGGCAGAAUGUCUCUUAAUACUUGCAUGAAUGUUUGUGAAAAUGAACUUGGAAAAUCAUUCCUCAAGAAAGGGAAAGAAAAAGAUGUUCCUUUAAGAACCCAUCUACCAGGACAAGGAAUAGGAAAUAUGGACUCAAAGCUAAAAAUUCCUGUUCCAGAAAUGAGGGACCAUAAAGUUCCAUGUAAACCAGAGUUUAAACUGUGUGGACUGCGUCCUCCUCUAUUGCGGGCUGUGUCCUGGGACAGCUUGGAGCCUGGACAGAAAGAGAAAACCUCUUUAAAAUUACCAUCUGAGGAAGAUAAGAGCUUUCUUGGAAAUAAAUCCAGCAAUCAGUUAAAAGCAUUCAAAGACCUUCAAAUCCAAGUUCAGCCAGUUCGAAUGCAGAAGCUGACAAAGCUCAGAGAGGAGCAUAUUUUGAUGAGAAAUCAAAAUUUAGUUGGACUUAAACUUCCUGAACUUAGUGAAGCAUUGGAACAGGAAAAAGGCCCUUCACCUCUUCCUUCCCCCACUGAAGAGGAAGAGACAAAGAACAGCUCUGAUGUCAUGCCCAGCAUUCCUGAUGUAUUGCUGCGAAAACUGCGAGUGCACAAAUCGCUUCCAGGAAGCUCCCCACCACUCACUGAAAAAGAAGUUGAGAAUGUAUUUGUACAACUCUCCUUGGCCUUUAGAAAUGAUAGUUAUACACUGGAAUCUAGAAUUCAGCAGGCAGAGAGGGAGAGAAAUCUUACUGAAGAGAAUGCUGAGAAGGAACUGGAAAACUUUAAAGCAGCCAUUACGUCUUCAGCUCACUUGUGGCACCACUAUGAGCACAGGGAAGCCUACCAGAAGCUCCUGGAGGACAUUGCAGUGCUGCGGCGUUUGGCUGCCAGGCUCUCGAGCCGCGCCGAGAUGGUCGGAGCCGUUCGUCAGGAGAAGCGUAUGUCAAAGGCAACAGAAGUAAUGAUGCAGUAUGUGGAAAAUUUGAAAAGGACAUAUGAAAAGGAUCAUGCUGAACUAAUGGAGUUCAAGAAACUUGCCAAUCAGAAUUCUAGCAGAACCUAUGGUGCAUCUGAAGAUGGAGUUCCUCGUUCAUCUAGAUCCAUGUCUCUCACUGUUGGAAAGAAUAUGCCUCGAAGGAGAGUCAGUGUUGCAGUUGUUCCUAAAUUUAACUCCUUGAACAUUCCUGGUCAGUCACCAGCAGCUUCACCUAUACCUUCAAUGCCAUCCCUGUCUGAAUCACCCAGUAAUGGAAGGAGCAACCUAACAUCUACUCCUGCUCUGCCAGCACUUCUAGAAAAUGGGAAGUCAAAUGCAGAACCUGACUGUGAAACCUCAACUUCUGUGCUGACACAGAGUGGAUUGGAAGAGAUCAGUCCUGAAACUAAAGCCAAGAUAGAAGAGGAAGCAUAUAACAAGGGAUAUCAGGAAGCCUUAAAGAAGACCAAAGAACUUCAGGAACUGAAGGAAGAAGAUGAAGAGACACCCAAAGAAAGUCAUGAUGAACAUGAAGAAAGUGAAAAUGAAGAUGAGAUAAAAAAUCUGAAAAGCAGACUUGAAGUCGUCGUUAAUUAUUUAUAUAUCCUGUACCCCAAACUGUGCAAACACUGGAAUGUGGUGUGGCUUGUGGUGGCUGCAAUAGUAAUUUUUGCUGUGGUGUUGGGAAUCUACCAUUCCUACAACUCCUGUGAUGAAAAGUCAGAGGCACCUGAGGGGAAGGCCAGCUGCUCUGCAGCCCAGCAGUAUUCCUGGUGGAACUCAGGAUUCCGACAGGAGCAACGCACCACGGAAUAACAAAGGAACAGCCACGUCCUUACGGCCCCGGAGCAAGUUUGUGUAUUAGAGUACCAUUGUUAUAGGUAGUGUUUAGUCAUCCUUGUGGCUGUUCCACUGAUCCCUUAGCAAGGCAAGUUGCUCUGCACCACCAGGUUUGGGAUACAUGGUGAGCAUUCCUUGCUAAGAUGCCAAUCUGAUAAAUAAUCCUGUCCAUCCUCUUAUUGUAAAGGACUCGUACAAAUAAAGUAGUAUUGAAUCGUGGUAGGGUUGUGGCAGUAAUCAGCAACUUGCAAGACAUUUGAAAGAAUGAGUUGCACAGGACGUUGACAUUUUGAAGACCAUCAUAAACCCCACAUUUGCAGUUAAUGCUUUACUUUGUGUUUCCUGAAUUUAUUGUUGAUUGUUGAAGUACUAAUUACAUUUAAGUCCUUUGGGUUUUAAGAGGCUAAUUCAUUUCCUUAUUCAUGACUAUUGGGUAGAAAUAGAAACACUUCCAUGGAAGAAUAUAAUUAUAUUCUAAGACCAAAUGCCUAGCUGCUAAAGUAAUUUUAUACAAGGAAUGAUCUAUAUGAUUAUUUAAAUGGAAUGCUAAGUAUGUGCAUAAAUGUGUUUUAUGAUAUGCUUUAAGAAUGGGACCACCACUUUUUUUUUAAUGGGAUACUCAACAGAACCUGAAAUGGGGUCUAGGUGGCACAGCUGACAUCCUCCAAUAGGUCUGGAAACUUCUGAUAUAUAAAGGUUUCCAAAAAUGUAUGUGUGCCAGUCAGAGUCAGUACUGGUUACGGCCAAAAGUGGUAGCUGCCUGGAAAGGUCUGUGUGCCACCCAAUCCCAAAACACCCAAGCAGUCUUGGACAUGGGAAGCAAUCUUCAAUUCUUGAUUGAAAAAGAAAACAAAAGCUCUUCCAACUUCAGUAUGGAGGUGACCAUACCAAGAGGACUCUGCCCUCCUGCUAACACUGGAAUAGGCAUUCUUUGAGAUCUGCAGCAGGAACAGAGUUCUGAGAGCAGCCAGAACCCAGCCAGUGCCUACAUGAAUCAGGCCAUGGUAGCAGUGAGGCCUUAGGAGAGCUCACUGAUGUUUUCAGUAGUUCAUUUUCUGAUCUGAUCUGAUACACUACCAAAGCUGGAAGAAUCUUUUGCCCAGAUUUUUUGCCAGUUCUGCCUAUCUGGGAGUUGUGAGUUCUUACACAAGAAUGUGAAAGCCUGAAAUUUUUGGAUAAGCAAUUUGGAAAUGGUGAAGCCAUUACCUGUACAAAACCCAGCACCUAGGGCUGAGACCAAAAUGUGUGUCACUGGAGGUGUGCCAUUUGUACCUGCUGAGCAUCCCUUCUAAGUGAAGGUGAACCAUUUUGUCUUUCCAUAGCUACAGCCACAACAGCAAAUCCAGGGUGACCCUCAAUUGCACUCCUGUCCUGCAUCCUCCUGUCAUUUUCUGGUUGAGAAAUGGGUCUGUUUUCCAACAGAAGGAUAAGAGUGUUAUGAAGUACUGUAAUUUCAGUUCUGAUACAGUCAAUAUUGUCCUGUCUUCUUUUGGUGGAAACACUGAAUCUUAAGCUGUCAAAGAAAACAGGUUUCUAACUCAGAAAUUUAGUUCACACACCUGGCACUAAUAACAAAUAUCCUGCUGGUGAAUUUUUGUUGGCCAUGUGUUUCUUAGGGAGACAUUAAUAUGGGGAAAGAAAAAAAAAUUUAAAAAAAACAAACCACUACCAAUUUUUUUUGGAGGCUGGUGAGGGGAGUCUAAAAGUAAUUAGAAGGGUUUAUUUUUAUACUUUAAAGUAUAUAUAUUGAGGAUUAGUGUGCUUAAGGAAGUUCAAAAAGGAUAACGGGGAAGUGUGAUUUGGUCUAAAAUUGCAAAUGCAAAGAAUAAGGAGAAGGUUUCUUGCAAAUGACUUGGAUUCUGGUUCAGUUAGAAUUUCUGACUGUGAAGAACUACUGUGACCUUUCAGGUAGUUUCAGUAUUUGAAGAAACUCGCCAGUUGUUUCUUUAAUACUUCUUUUCUAAAAUCAGCUUCUUUAACUUAAUAUUCUUUACAAAUAACAUUGGUAACUUAAGGCAAUAAAAUUGAAAGUAAAUACUGCUAAAUAUUCAGAUUUUUCUAUGCCAAAAAUUAUGGCAUAUAUUUAUGUGACUGUGGAAAUGUUGGGCUGCACUGAAGAAAAUUAACAGUGCCUGUAAUUGAAUUAAUUUGUUUUUAUUUACAUCUGCACUGUUGUAAGUCCAACAACUUAUUUUAGAUACACAUAAAAAGUUAUUGAUAUCAACAAGACUCUAAUUGCUUAGUGUUAAGCAUGUGAAAAGCUCUUUUUGGUCAGUGGGUGGAUGAGGUCUCCAUCCUGUCUUAAAAUUCAGCACACUGACUUCUUGUGGAAUUAGUGAAAAGGGACAAUUCCCAUAAGUAGCUCCCAUGAGUAGUACUGAUUUGAGCUGAACUACUUGCAUGUCUGAAGUAAGUAUAAUUUAGCCACAAAUGAACUGAAAGAAGCAAAAGAUUUUAGUGGGGGUGUAAAAAUGAAGAUAAAGUUUACUUUAAAAAAAAUUGUUCUUUUUGUAACUACUUUGAGCAAACUGUCCACUAAAAAUAACAAAUCACAAUGACUAACAGCACACUAAAUAGCUAUGCUUAUAUUUUUCAGUUAUUCAAUUAAAACACCUUUUGUUUAAUAGGAAACUAGAUUAAGCUCAAAAAUGAUUCUAAAUACAAUUUUGUCUGUUGGAUAUUAGUUUGCUUUAUCUGGAAAAAAAAAGCCAAACAACCUCUUCUGUGUUCAAAGAUCACAUCAGAUAACAAGAAACAGACCUAUUAUUUAUGCUAUUAACACUGAAAUAGUUUUCUUGAGGUGCAAUAUUUAUUUUUCUGCUUUAACAAGACACAUUUAUGGUUUCUCCUGCACAGCACAAAUGUUUCUAGCAAAAGGAAUUUCAAAAGGGCACUAUUUUUGUGUAUCAUAUUUAAAUUUGUAAUAUUGUAAGAUUUUGCACAAGUGUGCUGGUAUUGUACUGUAUAGUAUCACAUACUUGAGUUUUGAAAUAAAAUUAUGGUUUCAAAGUC